CGUCUCUCGACCACCAUGUCUGAGGCACAAACAGCCCCGGCCUCGGUCCCGGAGGCCGCCGCCGCCGCGGUGCUGGAGGCCCUGAACUCCACCGACUCCAACGGGACCGAAGCGCUCAACGCGACGGCGAAGUUCGUGGCCACCCCGGAGGGCACGGCGCUGGCGUACGUCAGCCUGGUGCUCAUGGCGCUGCUGCCCAUCUUCUUCGGAGCCCUGCGCUCCGUCAGCUGCUCCAAGUCCAAGGAGCUCGGUGACAAUGAUAACGAUUCUGGGUUCAGAAAUGCAUCAGAAAUGCCAGAAACCAUCACCAGUCGUGAUGCGGCGCGGUUUCCCAUCAUCGCCAGCUGCACCUUGUUUGGCCUCUACCUCUUUUUCAAGGUGUUUUCUCAGGAGUACAUCAACAUGCUGCUGUCCUUGUACUUCUUCGUGCUGGGCGUCCUGGCUCUGUCUCACACUAUGAGUCCUCUGAUGUCCAGAAUCUUUCCCACGUCGAUACCAAACAAACAGUUUCAGCUGCUGUUCACUCAGGGCUCCGGAGACAACAAGGAGGAAAUCGUCAACUAUGAGUUUGACACCAAGAACCUGGUGUGUCUGGUGAUCAGCAGCGUGGUCGGAGUCUGGUACGUGCUCAAGAAGCACUGGAUAGCCAACAACCUGUUCGGCCUGGCCUUCGCCCUGAACGGCGUGGAGCUGCUGCACCUGAACAACGUGAGCACCGGCUGCAUCCUGCUCUGGGGCCUGUUCGUCUACGACGUGUUCUGGGUGUUCGGGACCAACGUCAUGGUGACGGUCGCCAAGUCCUUUGAAGCACCAAUCAAACUGGUGUUUCCUCAGGAUCUGCUGGAGAAAGGUCUCGGUGCCAGUAACUUCGCCAUGCUGGGGCUGGGAGACAUCGUCAUCCCUGGAAUCUUCAUCGCUCUGCUGCUGCGCUUCGACGUCAGCCUGAAGAAGAACAGCAAGACGUAUUUCUACGCCAGCUUCCUGGCCUACAUCUUUGGACUGGGCCUCACCAUCUUCGUCAUGCACACCUUUAAACACGCACAGCCCGCUCUGCUCUACCUGGUCCCGGCCUGCGUCGGCUUCCCCGUCGUCGUGGCUCUGAUCAAAGGAGAGCUCACCGAGAUGUUCAGGUACGAGGAGACGCCACCCGCGGAGGAGGAGGAGGCGGCGGCUAUCGGCGACUCGUCAGAGAAGAAGGACCAAUAACAUCCACCGCUGCCUGCCCCGCCCCCCCACCCACCAUCAUCCAGCCUGCUGCCACCACGUUUCACUGAAGCCCCACCCCCCCCGCCUCCUCAGCUUCCUGUUGGUUGCCGGGGGGGGGUUGCUAGUGUCUCCAUCGUGUUUAAACCCACGGCACCGGCUGCUGUCGUGCUCAUGGUGGCGGUGUGUAAUUAAAGGUUGUUGUGUUACAACAGCCGAGCCUUGUUGCCAUGUUUCCUCAUGUUUCCUCUCAGCUGCUCUCACACAGGGACCCCCCCCCCCCCCCCCCCCCGCGCGGCCCCCGUGUGUCGCAGUCUGUCGCCUCAGACGAACCAGGAAGUGAGCGAGCGCUUGUUUUCGUCUUUCACAGCCUGAAGAGAAGAGAAGAGAGAGAGUCACAGGGUGAAGCGAGCGCUUCUUUCUUUUCCUGUUUCCUCGGCUGCUCUUCAUUCUGCCUUCUGCUUUCUCAUCUCAACCUUUUCUGUUUAGUUUUUCUCAGUUUUUUAUUGUUUCGUGUUAGAGGCCAGAGUUUUAAGAUGAAGACAAACGGUUAAGUUUUGAUUGUAAACCCGUCAUGUCUGAGUGUUGAUGUGAAUCAGCUGCUUCACACCAGGAAAUAAACUCUGGAUCAGAGCUGUGCUGCUUCGUUUGCUUGUUUGCUGCUGCAGCUGCAGGUCACAUGGUCUGAGGGUCACAUGGUCUGAGGGUCAAAUGGUCUGAGGGUCAGAGCUGGAGCUCGGUUUGUUCAGAUUUAUCUGAGGUUGACAUGAAUGUGAAAAAAAGAUGAUAAAAUUGUAAUUUAUUUUUAUCCAGCUCCAUUUAAAAUGAUUCUGUUGUGAAGUUUUAUCGUCAGUUAACCAAACAGCAAGCUGCCGAUCCACUUUAUUCUUUUUAGUUAAAGUUUUUCAACUUAUGAGCGAAGACAAUGGUUUCAGUUAAUUUGAUAAAACGCCUCUGGCAAAGUUUUUAUAAGUCUCAUGGAUCAAUUUGUCCGUUUUCAUUUCAAACACGGAGAAGACUGAAUGGAAACUAAUUAAAGAUUCAUUUGUGUUUGUGUCUAAAACACAAAUCACCAGAUGUGAAUGUUUCAGACUCAACAUCUGUUUCCUGCAGAUCAACUUUACCUGUCGUCUUAAGGAACCACACAAACAUGAGCCGGGUUUUCACUCUUAACGUUCUGGCCUGAGAGGCGAGGAGGAGGAGGAGGAGUCAGACUGAACCUCCUCCUCAUUUAUGUAGGAGCCUGAGGGGGAGGAGCCUCGUCAGAUCUGAUGUUGUCAUGAUUAGAAUUUUUGCUCUUUCUCAUGAAUAAAUUUGAAAAGUAAUUUUUCAUCCAAACAUUCCGUUCUGAAGCUUCUUCACUGUGACGAUCUUCAGUUUUUCUGUCUUUAUAUUCUUUCAAGCUGAUUUCCUUUUUGUUUUAGUUCCUUCAUCAAACAAAACCUGUUACAUCCAUUUGUCUUCAGAUAUUUGUCAGUUUCAACCCUGAAAUUAAAGAGUCUGGUCUUUAAGGUUUGCAAGCAGGAACUUAUGAUUUCACAUUCAGAUGUUUUAAAGCUGUCACUCAAAACCCCGCUCUCACUCUCUAACUCAUUCCCAAUUUAAUUUGUUAUAUCUGCACCUGCCGUUCUACUGGUUUAAGGAUAUUUGACCGAGUUGUUGCAUAAAAUAAUCAAAGAGCAAAGGAGAAAUCAGUGAUAAUUGAAUGAAAACAUUAAAAAUCUGAACGUGAAAUCAAUGAAUCCGGUUCAAACACGUAUUAGAAACCUUGAGGCUCUUUAACCGAACUGAAUCUACUCAACAGAUUUACUGCUUGAGCUGAGCUUCACAUUAAUGUCUCACGUCCAGACUCUGAUCAUUAAAGUCUGAAUUUGUGGAAGAUUUUCUGAAUUCACAGCAAAAGUCAGAACUUUCAUAUUAAAGAGCGACUCCAGACAUUUACUGCAACAUUAUAAAACUUUGUGAAUCCUUAAAGUCUCAAUUAAUCAAUGAUCAACAUUAAAUGAACAGAAGCAGAAAUAUCCAGUUAUUUGUCUCAGUUCAACUCGAGCACCAGAAAUUACAUUUCCCAGAAUGCAUCUCUAUAGACAAUACCAGUGUUUUCACAGAGUGGAAAUGACGAUGACCAGUAAAAUGAUCUUUGUGUUAAAAAAAAAAAGGGAGUGGCCCAUUACAGUAUGUUUCAUUAAGAUUAUUUAUUUUUAUGGAAAACGUCAAAUACAAAAUAAUAGUUUGAAAUUCAAAAAGGGAAUUUAGGAACUUGAAAUCUGACAUUUUCCUUAUAAAGAUUUCAUCACAGAAUCUACAGAGUUCCUCAGUUUGUUGAAUCAUCUGUUGUGUGUCACAGAAACAUCAAGAGGCGUCGCUCUCACGUCUACUUACAGAUUUUUGAACAGUGCAGAUCUUUUAAGUUUUUAGUUGCUUGACAAACGUUUGGAUGUAAUUAGCUUCACAUUAAGAUUCUUCAUGUUAUUGAUGUUGAUGCUUUAUUAAGAGUUUUGUAUUUUCAUGUAAAAAAAAAAAGACAAAAUGAAAGAGUCACACAUGUUCAGCUCGGUGACGUUCAGUAUCUCUUCAUGUUGAAUAUAAUGUUCCUGAAAUGUUUCUUCUCUGGUUGUGUUCGUGCAGGAGGUCGUUUUAUGGCCCCGACUGUAUCUAUUUUAUUUGCAAUAAACCUUUUGGGUGUUUUGUUCACCAUAUAGAAGCAGAA